GGUAUUUCAUGCACAACGAUCCACUGUCUCCUGUCCCUUCAGAACGACUUCUUGGACCUGGGUACGGACAAGGUGUAUGGCCUUUACGUGAACGUUUGGCACUUGCUACUGCUCUUUUAGAUGUAGAUAACCAGCAAGGAAGUUGGGCUGCCACUAGUCGUCGUAUGAUGUGUUUUUCUAGGCCAGGUCGACCAUCUACAUGGUGUUCAUCUAAAGCUUGUGCCAAACAAUAUGCUCUGCUUCUGGAUUCCAUUGAGUUAGUUAAACGCCAAAAAAUGCCUGGAAGUGAUUCACAAUCAAGCCAGUUGAGUCUGGCUGAACGCGUUGUGAAGCGUUUGAGUGCUGAACGUGCAGAAGAGUUGAGAUCGCGAAUACGAUGUGGUCAGCGUUACUACAGUUCGUUAAAAGGCAUCAUAUCCGAUGUGGAAUCUGGAAUGUAUGAUAAUCAGUUGACGAACUUAAUUAAUGUAAUGAAUCCGAUCUCAGAUUUUAAAAUGCAAUCAGGAAUCAUUGACGGUGAAUUUGUCCAAACAGCCACACCUCCAAAUAAUGAUUUUUUUCAUCAACAGACUUUUGCCGAAAAUGAUGCAAUCAGUGGCCCACUUACUGAACAACCUAAUAAAUGUUCCAACAAAUUAAUUACAGAAAAUAAUCCUGCUAAUAAUAAACAAAAUCUUAUUGAACUUUGGAAAGAGAUCCAGGAAUUUUAUCAUAUUCCUGAUUCAACAUGGUAUUGUGCUCCUGGUCCAAUAAAUAAUCGAAAUUUUACAGGAGGAUAUGGGAGUGUCACGAACAGAUCUCGUCCGUCUGGUGUAGGCUCGCUUAAUUUUUCCCGUUUAUCAACUUUAUUGGCAGAGGCAUCCUCUCCAGCUCUAAAGCCUGCUACACAGUUCAGAAAUUCGACGAAUAAAGCUUCAAGUUGUAAAUCUAGUUCACAUGAAAUCGGCCACACAACAGCUGUAUCUCGUGCCGCUGAAGCAGCUAAACAAAGAUAUUUAUCGAAGACAAGCAAACACAAAUUAUCAUCUGUUAAGAGUCAACCCGCUCGAAUUAAUAAAUCCAGUAAGCAAGACAAUAUAUCGAAACAAUGGCCUAAAAAAAUUUCACGCAAUAAUAAAUAUGAUUAUGUUACUACAGCCUCUUCCACUUCUAAAGAAGAUCAUGUAAAUCAAGAUAUCACUCGAAAAUCACAGCCAUUGGAUUGUAGACUAUCUCACCAGAAAAACCAUAGUAGUAUCUACAAAAAGUCUGAAUCUGAGAAACAAGAACUUUCCGACAGUGAAACGGAACAAGAAGAUGAAGAUUCUACGUUUGACGAAUCGUCAACAGAUAAACAAACUGAUUCACCUUCAUCAACGCCAUCAACUGUUGCAAUGUGUAUGUCUGAUGUAGAGGAUUUUUUAAUUCGGGAUGAUGAAAAAUCAGAGAAAACUAUUCCCAACGAUGAUAAUGCAACCAACUCUACUUUAGACAACGAUAGACCUGCCACAACAAUACCUGAUGAAGAUGGGAUUGAUGGUUAUAAUUCCGAAAGUGAAAAGUUCACUUUAUCAUCAGAUGCCGUUUCUUCUUUGUCUACAGAAGCUGUAGGUGAGACAGACUAUCAGGUUGAAGAAAAAAAUUCUAUUUGUUCUAGUCCUCCUACAUUUGUAAAUACAACUAAUGUGCCUGGAAUUGUAACCGAGGUAGAACUGAAACUUUAUAAUUUGAAUCAGAAGUCACCUGUAGGCAAAGUUUUUGCUAUUUCAAACGAGAGUUUACUUUCUGAUAGUAAUUUAGACGAAACCAAUGGUGAUUCUGUAAACGAAACAGAUGUACGAACUAUUACUGACCUUCAUUGUUCCGCUGCGUCGCCUGUUAAUAUUCAGAUGCCAGUGGAGAAUAUAACCAUCUUGGAGUCGAAAGAUUUUAUGAAUGUAGACAGUAAAGUGGCUCAUGAAGUUGUUAACAUUCCUCAUGUUACAGAAUCUCCCAACGUUGAACCAUCCACAUCUAACCUCGAGAAUGGCCUAAAUAAAAAACUUGGUCUUUCUUCAAAUUUUACAUCAAAACGAAAAGAAUCUAGCAAGUCAACUUCGAAAAAGGCUCCUGCUUACUCAAUUUUACCUUUUCUUAUCAAAACAGAAAGUAAUAAGAGUUCCCAGAUUAUUACUUCAGAUGAAAAAUGUGAUAUGAAGGUUAAAACUAAUGAGAAAUUGGAUCUGAAUGCGCGUGAAAAUAUGAUCAGCGAGUGCAAUACGGAUCAGUUAAACGCUCCUGUUGUGGGUUCAAGCACUCCUAUUCAUUCAAAUAAUGAAUCUGUUCAGUUAAACAACUCAUCUCUUUCAUCGGGUUCUAAAAACCACAGUCUUCGACUUCGACUUAGUCGACAAGGGAGUCAACUCAUUGUUCUACCUCUGUCUGACUCAAUUGAUAGCUCAUUUCAAGGUUUAAAUACAUCGCAAAAGGAAGCAGCUUUCGAUACCGAAUGUCAUGAUACUAAUUGGUAUUCUUGGGCUAAUCAAUUGUUAUCUAAUGGUGAGCGGAUUAUAAGCGCAUGGAUGUCAAACGAUGAAUCUAUGGUACUUUCUCCUCGCUUCAAAAAUAAUACUUCACCCUCCGAUUUGAAGGAACUGGUUCAUGAAUUAUUGGAUCCUAUCAUUAAUGACUUAAAUAAUGAGUUAAUUAAAUCCAAGUUACAGUUUAUUCAUAGAUUGUUAAGUAUACUUGCUCAUACCGUCAUGACUCGGGCAAGUAAUACUAUUCGAAAUUUCAUAGCUAUGGAGCUAUACAAUCAAUGGUCUGAACAGCUGCAAACAAAUGUAUCAGAACCUGAUUUCUCCUCAACCCCCUAUUGUUUUAAUUCGAAAACACCUCCAUCUUGGUCAAUCGAAACAGAAGAUAAUUCAUUGUAUACCUGUAGAGAUCCGCCUACACUGACACUUGCAUCUUCAUCAUUCAAUUCAUUAUCGUCUAGAAAAUCCAGUGAUACUGUGAAAUCUACUCCGCCAAUUCUACUGGAAGUUCGUAGUAUGAAUACUCCAACAGAAAGUGAAAGACAAAAACGGAGCCAUUCGAGUGUUGAAGAUAAUAAUGAUGAUUUAGAUAUUUAAAUUUAGUUCUGUACAUGUUAUAUCUCUCAAUAUAUUUAAUAAUACUUUAGCAUGAUAUCUACGUGAUUUAAUUUUGUUUUGUACAAUUUUUCCCAUCAAUAAAUUUGAAUGGAGCGUAAAGCUUUAUUCGAAUUUAUAUUCUUUUCUCUUAUAGAUGAUGACAUUAUAUGCAUUUUUAUUUCAAUAUACAGUAGUACUUUAUUUGCAUGCGGAAAUCAAAUGUUAUGUAAUUUAUGUUCUUUGAAUUGCACAUCUCACAUGAUCUCUCCUAUUAGCCUCACUAUAUCUGAUGCAUUUCGGGCAACAUGUUCGGUUUGUUGAAUGCGAUCGAAAGGAACUAAAGUCAUUAUCUACGCUGUGAAAAAUCUCCGCAAGAUGCUAUUCGGUAGAUAGUUUACGUUACUAACAGACUGCAAACCGAUACUGACAGUUUUGGUGCCCAAAAGUGUCCCCGUUUAUGUGGCAAACCAUCUACAACGAUGGGUAACCACAUUACUGGACGAAGAUUUCAAGAUAAAUUGUCAACCGCCGACUGACUUCGGACAGGCAGAUGCCCACUCAAGAUUAACUGGUUUCCCGACAAAACAAGAAGGUGUUUGUAGCUGCUGUAGAAACUGUGACCAAAGCUCGCAGUGUUGACAGACUCAAAUUCAGGACAGCCAAUCACAUACGAGACCAUUAAAGAAACUAGCGAAAACGACGAUAAGUUGAAGAGCGUUCGUAUACUCAGCAAGUGGUUUUCACCUCAACUCCAUGGAGAGAUUGUACAAUACUUUUAUCGGAGAGACUCCUUGACAAUUGUAGUUCCGUGCAUCAUGUUUGGCCACCGGAUCGUUAUCCCCAGAAUUUCUGGGCAUCAGUACCUAAAACAUUUACAUAGCGGGCACCCAGUAGUAAGUAAAAUGAAGUCACUGGCUCGGGGCUACACAUAAUGACCGUCAAUGAACUGUGAAAUAGAACAAGUGUCGCAGCAGUUGGUCCUGUCUAGAAUCUGCAAAGAAUCCAACUGAAGUAGGACCCCAAACAAGACCGAAUUUAGACAGGCUUUGACAAAGAAUACAUGCUGAUUUCGCUGGUCCAAUACAAGACAGAAACUAAUUGGUUGUUUUAGAUGUCUUCACGAAGUGGCUGGAAGUGUGCGAACAUGACGACGGAUAUAAUAAGAAAAUUGUUUUCGGGCGCCGGAGAUCUUAGUAAAUGACAAUUGCUCUCAGUUCAUGUGAUCCGCCUUUAAACGGUUCUGCUAUGAAAAUAGCAUUACGCAUCUACGAUCUUCUGCGUACCAUCAUCAGUCGAAUGAACAAGAAAGGUUCGUGGACACAAUGGCAAGGGAUCAAAUUAGAGGAGGAGGUCCAGCAUAUGUGACCAGUAACUUCUCAAUAUCUUACAGAGUUACAUCCCACCAGGGAAUGACCAAGGGAAAGUCCCCAGAUGAGUGUAUGUUUGGAAGCGAAGGUCGGACAGUCUUUAACAGUAUGUUGCCACCCAGAAAGACAAAUAAACCUACUAACGAGCAUUGUACGGUCACUUUCAGCUUCCAGGUACGGUGAAGGGAUACCUAUCAAGUUAACAGGGAAUGGGAACCAGAUAUUGAAAGUCGGAUGGAAAACUAUUGUCGUUAGUUUGGAGAACUGUCAGGAAAUGUAAAAGACGUCAAUAAAAUCCAAAGGGAUGGUAGGACAACGAUCACACGAGGCGGAUUCUUGUUUCAAAUCUCUGUGGAUCCUCCGUAUCCACCAACUCGGUUAACUUGCCGGCCAUUCGCUUUUCGUUCUCUUAAUUUCGUAAACAACACCCCCGCC